AUGUCUAUCCUCGGGCAGUUUCUUUAUGUCACCGUGCUCCUCCUCAACGCCAUCUGCAUCCCCUCCGAAGACCGCUUCCUCGCGCGCGGCGGGCUCGCUGCAGCGACAUACCGACGCGGUUUCGAGCAAGAAGUCGACAGCAGCGUCUAG